AUGGAAGUCGACACACGACUAAAUAUCGAGUUUACACGCCGCUACCAGAACGGCAUUCUACAAGAUAAGCAGCUCGAUGGCGCUUCAGUGGCUAUGGUGCGUAGCUACUUUAAUGACUGGAUUGCAUCCAACAACGGCACUUCAGUUGCUGGCGAUGUACGCUUUACUACGUGUAUUAUGUUAGACGCCGAGACUCUGGUCCAACUUUCCGAGGCGCCUCAAAACCUCCCCUCAGAUUCGAGCGAAUAUUUCGGGUCGCAGUAUUGGGUGAAAAUGGUAGAGGCAGAAUGUGGAUACGAAGAAGCAUUCCGCACUCGUAUCUUUGGCAGAUAUGAUCUCGCAGAAUAUUGGUUUCACAGAAAUCAUUCACGGCGAUUAGUUGUCCAUAGAAAGAACCCUGAAUACCCGGGGGUUCUAUACUAUGGCACUGCACCGCUAGAGUUGACUCCCCAUAUGCAAGCAAUGCAAGAUGCUUGCAGGGCAUAUGCGCAGCAGCAUCCAGGUACUGGAAGCGAUCCGACGAAGACCUGGCUUUGGAGUUGA